AUGGAAAAUAAACAGUCUCCAUCCAAGAAAAAGCUAAUAUCCAUCCAAGAAGAGAAAUUCAUUCGUGAAGUUUAUUACGACUCUCUCGCGGGGAAACCCUCGCGGCAGCCUAAGAAGGAACUCCUCCUAGAUUUGGAAAUAUUUCGGAAGAACCAAACUCAGCGGCAGUUGUCACAGCGAGUGCUCGUGUCGAUAAAGCCGCGAGCCCCCGCCAUCAAGACUAUUUACCUUGCUGAGAAGAGCCGCUUUUAUCCUAAGAAGGGUUCUGAUAAAUCAGGCUCACGCUCGAGGCUUGGGAUAGGAGAUCAUUCAUCUUUUAACUCUUCCUUUAACACCACUUUCAGUGCGGACCUUUCGAAUGUAGUGACGUCGAUCGCAUGUGGCACUGAGCAUAAAGUGACAACGAGUCCGACGAGUGUGGCGGAGUCUGCCUCCGACCAAGCAUCGACCAACACUGAUUUAGACAAGUCCAUUAACGUGUCAUUAUGUUCACACGUUGAAAUCAAGCCCCAGUGCGAGAGUCCGAGAGUUAAUGUGUACAAAGACAAAAAAAGAUCUACUGAAAAAUGUUAUUUUUAUACUCAGCCCCAAUUUACUAUGAACAUACCGAAAGCUGAAACAGAAGUUGAAAAAUCGAAAGUGGGCCUAAACAAAGUCGAUAUUGGUACUUUGAUAAUAACAAAUACUUCUUCUGAUAAUACUCUACCAGUCUGUACAAGUACGAUAAAAAAUUUGCACAAACGAAUCGACCAUUUGGAACGUAAGAUUUUUAGGCAAGAGAUGGUUUUUCGUUCUAUAGAUCCAAACAUACAGCUCUCGUCGUCGGAUGAAGAAUGCAAAGAAUCGAAAAUGAGAGCGUCUGGGUCGGGACGGCCGUGUUGCAGCUACGUGCAGCAGUACAGUCACAUCCCGGAGACGUCCGCGUUCCACCGCUAUGCGGCGCAGGCGUCGCCGCUCACGCCCAGCAAGGCCACCACGCUCGAGAAGGAGCACAACUCUGAGCAAUACGGGCGCGACUUCACCACCUACGAUGGCAUCACGGCGCGCGGCCGCCGCCAAUGCGCCUCCGUGCCCUGCAAGCGGGACGACUUCCCCAAAAUGGCUGCGGAGAGAGUACAUAAGAUACGUCACAAAUUAAACCCAGUUCGAGACUACAGAUUGAUGGAUACCGUGCAUUACCUAGCUCAAGGAGAGUUCGCUCCCCGCGAUGAUGGUAUAAAGUUGACACCAUCUCGGGAAGCGGUAUUGAGCGACAUAAUCUGGGAAGACGUGUGCCGCACGCACUGGCCCAACGCGCGCCUGGGGCGGCGCAGCGCGCAGCCCGAGCGGUACAGCACGCGCAGCGAGCUGCAGCGGCUCAUCGACGGGCUACUGCGCGAGCGCGUCGCGCAUGUGGAGCGCCGCCGCCGCCGCCACUACCGCAUCGUCAAGCUGAACCACCGCCACGAGAGCUGCCGUCCCGUCGGCAAGACUGGUGAUAUCAUAGUAGCCAGUCACAAAAACAAAGACAGUAACGAAGAGAGGGAUGUUCCUAUCAGCGACCACAACGCUGCUAGCGCCAUGAUAUCUGACCGACGGUGGUUAGACCAGCGCCCGCGCAAGAGUCACAGAAGUCACGACCGCCUGCUGUAUACAGAUGUGCGCCAGAAGAAGCAUUCUAGAGAGGACGACUGCUCGCCCGGGCCGAGCUACGCGGUGUCGCGCAGCCCGGGCACCGCCAGGGAGGCGACCUGCUGCUACCACUCGUCGAGCCCGCCCAAGAUGGAGAGGACCGCCGACCCGAGCAAGUCUACAUCGCAUCGUCACGGCGGAAUAGAUAUUACUAGCGGCAGCAGCACCCUUAGCAAACCAACGAAAUCUCCUCGCCUUGUGGUGAAGAAGGAAGGGUCCCGCAGUAAAAAGUUAAAAGAGGAGUCGAAUCUUGAGCAAUACAUAUUACUACCCACUCUAGUUAUUCGAACGCCUUCCAACGUAAAGCGACAGAAAAAAUUUAAUGAGCUAUAUCAUCGCAUAUUGAAUGUACAAGAAUGCGCGGUAGAGUCGGAAGCUACUGAGCCAAAAUCGAAUGUAAAUGCUAGCAACAAGAAAGACAUCGGCUUCAACAUCAAUAUAACUCUGUCGGGUAGCGCUGAGGAAAUGAACAGGAAAUGCAAAUAA